GGUAGUAGCACUUUUCCUUUUGGUCAGUAAUGCUAGAACUAGAAGGGCAUUCCUUAGACACUCGAAGCAGGGGUGUGUUUUGUAUCUACGUUUUGCUUUCUUCUUUCGGGGUGUAUUGUACGAUUUUAGAAUUUUAGAAGUCGAGUCUACGAUAGGAGCAAAAGUUGAGAGCUUCUCUUAGGAUUUUAGGGAGUUCGAUUUGGUCGUCGGAUUAAUUCCAUUAGUUGGAGCUGAAACUUCACAGGUGUGGGUUUUGGAGUUGAAACUUCACCAGGUCUUUUGCGCUAAUGACUUGCUCGCUCGUCGGAUUUUAGGGAGUUCGAUUUGGUGAUUUUGCUGCUAUCCAGCCAGAUUUCAUCAUUAAUUCCAUUUCUUACCUCUGUUAGAAAUUGGAAGGAUGUUUUGAGGCCUGGAUUUCAAGCAAUCGGGGGAAAAGUUCGCGAAUUUACUGUUCAUAUCGUUUCUGGCUGGAUGAAAUUGACGAUUUUUCUUGUAAUCUGAGGGUGGAUUGGGGUGCUACGUUCCUGGGCGAACCUCACUCUGGAGCUUGGAGACAGCGGAAGACCAGAAAAAGGAGUGAACCAGAUGAGCGUUCACUGUUCGUAGCUGACUUUUUCUGCGUUUUUUGUCCUCCUUCGUUGAAAUUACAUGGCCAGGAAGAAGAUUCAGGGACCUGGGGAAUCCUUCACGGCAAGGAUUACCAGGUCCAACUUUUCUGGGUUGAAGGAUGCAGAGGACGAGUUCCCUGCAUUGAUGCCCAAAACUGACACAAAUGCGCAGACUCCACCGGUGAAACUUACUCGGAAGGAAGCUGCUGCUGCAACUGAGAUAAGCAAUGAUGAAUCUGGAACUAACUCGAGCAAACAUGCUGCCACAGGUGUGGGUUUUGGAGCUGAAAUGGGUCAUCCGAAAACAGUCUCUCAGUCUCUCAGUUCUUUUUUAAUACAGGGAUAAGACUGCGUACAUACGACCCCCUUACCCCGCCGUAGGUGGGAGUCUUUGCGGCAUAAAUGAAAAUGAAAAAUGAAAAUGAAAUGCAAAUCAUAUGGACACAACUCAUUUAUUUACAAACUUUUGGGAUGGAAAAAGAUUGAAAAGGAAGUGAGAAUGGAUGGUGUGAAGAAGGGUGGAAAAGUUGGGGUUGAGGUAGCUUCUCUUGAGACUGUGCAUUACAAACCGAAGGGGGCUGUUAUGGACAACUCACCGCCAUCACCUUCUAUCCAGGGGGCUCACCCGACCGGGUGUGUACCCUGCCCGACCGGGUCUCACGGGCAGAACACUGCCCAGGGCGCUGGGAAAGCUGCGGACGUUGUCCAGGGGGCUGCCAAGACUGUCCAGGAAUCUACCACUAUAGUGCAAAAGAUCCAGGAGCCUCCAAAGGUUAUUCAACCUAUCCAAAGCAAGGGAGAUAGUUUGGAGGAGGACAAUGAGGUCAUGGUGGAAGACAAUGAGAGGAUAGUGACGGAUGUUAAAGACUUGCAUCAAUAUGACGUUGUCACCAAAUGUGAGGUAAUAAAAGGUAACACACUCAAGUUGUUUGUUAAACCAUUUAGAUUCGUGCAUAUUAGUGUGAUUAGAGUGGAUACCUCUCUUCGACUAACGGAUGAUUUGGAUAACAAGGGACUAACAUUCACCGCCAAAUGUUUUGAAAGACUACCGGGAGUGACUAAGAAAAAAGGGGAGGUUUGCUUUGACUCAAAGUUUACUACCCCUUUCCGAAAUUUCUUUGGAUGAUAAUUUAGGGUUGCCUAAUGUUUUGUGAGGUUGUUUGUAAACUUGUUUUGUUCCUAACUGUGCUUGGGUUCAAAAUAUACGGAGUAGUUAUUUUGAUGUUUCUAAUUUUGUGGUAUCCUAUAUAUCGGGGUAUGCACUUUGUUGUACACAUUGACUUGUUAUUUUCUUGGGUGUUAGUAUACAUUUACAUUUCAUCCAAAAAAAAGAAUUUUAGAAGUCCGUGGAAUUCCAAAGUCUGGGUGUAUUGAAUAUUGAUUUUUAAAAGUCAAUAAAAGUUUGGGUGUAUUCAAUUAAGAUUUUAAAAAGUGAAUACAAAUCUGUCAAAGUUUAGGCGUAUUCAAUAUAGACUUUUAAAAAUGAAUAAAAGUUUAGGUGUAUUGAAAAAAUUUAUGAAGCCCAUGGAAUUGGAUAAUCAUUCAUAUCCGUGGAUUUUCAAACCCCUAGUAUAAAUACUCUUUCUCAGUUUUUUUCUUAUCGUCCCCCCUUCAAGAUUUCCGCAGACUUGCUAGCAACAGUUUUUCUUCUCUCAACCAAAGCAGCGAAUUUCUUCCAAGUUUCCAUUCUUCAUUGUCUCCUGAUUAUUGUCUUCUGUCGCCAUCUGUUUAUACUUGAGAUAUGGAUUAUUUCCCAUGUGAUGAAUGUUCCGUAGUAUUCCGAUUCAUCUGUAAAAGUUUUUUAUGUGUAACAAAUUGGUUUUAUGUAAAAUCAAUCAGAAAAUAGCAAUAACUUGCUGAUCGGUAUUUGCGUUCUUGACAAUGUUCGGAAUCCAAAUACGGAGUAUAUCCCAAUUUCCGGGUUGAAGUGGUAUUGGUAUCAUUCCAAUAUCAGUGUUAGGUUUUGAAUUCUCAUGAAACCAAACAAAGGAUUCUAAUGAUUCUUUAGAGGAUUCGAACAUCUUCUUUAGUUUUGUUUGUAGCAGCGGUGACAGUGACCUUAUUUCACCUUCCCUUUAUAAUUGCUAUAGUUUGCUAUUACCUGUCGUGAUGAGUUGAUGCAUCCACAUAGUGAAAAUACAUUAGUGUACAAUAAGUAAUUUGUAUUGCAAAUAUUGUAAUACUCUCUGUCGAAAAAGAAUAAGGUAACAAGCAAUUCAUGUGACAGCUCAAAUUGAUAUUUUUAAACUUUCUCACAACACUAAUCAUUAGGUUUGCUUACUAGGUUUGAUAUUUCUUGACUAUUCCUAUCCCCAUAUUAUGCAAUACUUUGAAACAAACAUACUAUUUUUACCUCUUUUUACAUUUAUUAAAUUUAUUAGUUUGUAGUGGUCUUUUACUGUUUGACACAAUCAUAUAGAUGGGAGAUUCACAAGGUAAUUCCAAACGGAAGGAUUAUAAGACUUGGACUAUAGAAGAAAGCAACACUUUGCUUGAAGUUAUGGUUGAAGGUGCCAAACUUGGAUGGCGUGAUGUUAAUGGCGUUAUAAGCAAACAAAUGGUAGAGACUAGACUUCUUCCUCUGCGUUGCUGCACCCACCUCUCCUCAACUCCGCCGGAAGCUUUUACGCGGCUAGAAGCUUCCAGGACACAGGCUAAGCCCCAACUCCGCCAGAAUCAACCACAGAACCGACCUCUGCGCCGCUGCACCCACCUCUCCUCAACUCCGCGCCGCUACAUCCAUCUCUCCUCCAACCCUACGCCUCUCUCAUGGAUAACAUCAAAAGAACAUUCGAGAUUUAGGGUGCCCCACCCCCUUUAUCGUAUUAUGUUGGACGGUCACCUCAGAUAUUUCCCACAUAGGCCCAUUCAUGGGCUAAGUGGGCCGGCCAAUCCCCCCUCCCCCUUUUUAAUUUUUCCCUCUUUUGUAAAUCC